GGCUAUACAGACAGAUAAAAAUCUUUAAGGUUAUUGUUAGAUCAUGACUUUUCUGAUUCUGUUUUCUGUCUUUGGUUUGCUAGAGGGAGCAACACAUCAAGGGAUUCUAAAUCUGUAUCACCAAAAAUAUAACGGGGAUGGCACCUACUAUGGGGCAGGAACAGGUGGCACCUGUAGCUAUCCACCUCCUAGUAUGCCCCCUGUGGCCAGUCACUUAGACAAGCUGGUGGCUCUCAAUGCUCCACAGUUCUAUGGAUCUCUUUCUUGUGGAAUGUGUUUUAGGGUUCAUGGAAGUGGACAUGGAGCUGGAAAUGACCCAAUUACUGGAACCUUUACAACCUACGUCAAAGACCUCUGUCCGGAAUGUCACGCCGGAUCUUUGGACUUGGCGGAGAAUGGUGACGGAAGAUGGAAGAUACAAAUACAGGCCAUCCAAUGUCCGGUUGGAAACACCAAGAUCGAGUACAAAUUUCAAGGCAGUAAUCACUACUAUCUGAAAUUACAAAUACGAAAUGCAAGAAUCCCGGCUACCCAAGUGGAGAUGUACCAACCAAAGUCGCAUAGAUGGUCAGCAUUACGUCAUACCACAGAUGGAUUCUGGGUAUUUGGCAGUGACCAUGUCGAUAAACCAGUGGUCACUCCAUUCAGAGUACGUCUGACCGCAGCCAAUGGGGAAACCGUGGUGGACCACAUCCCAAAACUGGCAAACGACGCUGUUAUACACGGUGAUGGGGUACAGUUCAGUCUCGACUCCUCCUUACCUCAUUAACCAUUUACAUUAGAUCCACUGUAC